UUAUCGAAGCCCAUUCGGGUGCAUUUCGAUAGGCGGCGAAAACGGUGGAAGAAGUGGACUGCGAAAAAGUGAAGCGUGCGCGUAUUUUAUAAAAGAAAAUUUACCAACGAAUUUUCAGCGUUUUUCAUGAAAAACAAAGUGUAAGAGAGGCAAGCGAAAAAGAGUACCAAAACGUUUGUCGGUGUGUGUGCUUGUUUGCGAGAGAGAAAGAGAGAGCGCAUUCUCUGUUUUCUUACAACUGUGUGCGUGUGCAAAGGGACGCCGCUAAAAAGGCGCAGAACGUAGAGAAAAGAACAAGGAUUUUUCUUUAUUCGCUUGCUUAAUUAAAAGUCAAGCCAGCCGCAAUGGAGGAAGUCGUGGUAAAGAAGCGCGGUCGUCCCCCAAAGGCUCCUGGUAGCACUCCAACCCCAGCACCCACGCCGAGCGGCCGAAAGCGCGGUCGUCCCGCCAAGAUUAAGACUGGUGCACCCACUGCACCCAGCGGAGGUGGUGGUACUGGACAACGCGGUCGUCCACCCAAAGUGCCGAAAAAUAACGAUGAAUCCGGCGAUGGGGAGAAUGACGACUCCAACGAUCAGGAUGCAUCUUCGCCGCCGCCGGUGGUGUCGAAGGGACGGGGGCGUCCAAAGGGCAGCGGAAACAAUGCUAACAACGACGGCGCCAAGUCGUCACCCGCUGGAAAGCGAGGACGCAAGGCAGGUCGCCCCAAGAAGCACCAGCCCAGCGAUAGUGAAGACGGAUCGUUACCACCACUUGUCUACUCCACAGACGGUAAUAAUAGCGUUGAAGACUACGACGACGAAGACGAUGAGGAGCGGCGCCCAGUUGGCCGACCAUCGACCGGAGCCGUAAAUCUGAACAUCUCGCGAACGGGACGCGGACAGGGCAGGCCGAAGAAACGGGAAUGGAAUGGGGACGGCGAGGAGCCCUCACCCAAGAAGCGGGGUCGCCCAGCGCAGGGCGGAACCAAAGCAUCGCCCUACGUCCCAUCCGGACGUCCACGCGGCCGACCAAAGGCCAAUGCCAAUGUUGAGAAGCCGACUAGCGAUGGCGGUGAGAACGACGAGGAUGGGGAGGAGCAAGAUGAGGAGCAGAACGAAAUUGGGAAUACGGCAGUUACGCCGAAGAAGCGAGGACGACCCUCACUUGGGUCGAAGUCAAGCAAGGAGGAUGGUGCAGUCAAGCGGGGACGACCGCCAAAGGCAGCUAACAAUGACGAGCAGGACGGAGCCGAUUCCACCGAUGCCGGCGAAUACAACAGCAACAAUAAGAAGGAAGUAACUGAAGAGGGCAACGGUCAGUGGGAAGGAUCCUCCAAGCCAGAAGGCAACAAAUGGACCUCCUCUGACGGAGAUAACGAUUGCGAAUACGUAUCGGAUGACUACAAAGAUGCCGAUUCUGUAGCAGCUUAAAAAUUUAC